AUGAUGAUCGUCGGCGAUACGUAUGGCUUCUACCAGCUGGUCCUUAGGAAGCAUGCCUGCAGGUUGGGUCUGCCCGUCUAAUACCAUCUUUCCAGGUUACGGUACAUACUACACCAACUCAACAGUGGCCAGUUGCCCUUGGAGGACCUCAAGCGCAACAUCGAGUAUGCUGCGCUGGUGCUGGAGACCGCGUAUAUGGACGAGACCAGGUACCAUUAUAUUACACUUGACAGCAAGAACACGAUAGAAUCAUUUGAUCUAGCUAUAAACAUUAAUCGUUAUAACAAGUUAUUUCUAUAGCCUCAUAUGUUAUAUAAACUUAUAUAGCUAGGUAACGGCAUAUUGUUGUAGACGAAUCUGCGACGAAGAUGACGACCUAGCAGAAGUGACUCCAGACACCGUGCCAGAUGAGGUCAGAGAAUGGCUGGCUGCCACCUUCACGCGACAAACAGUCCAGACUAAACGAGAAAAGCCCAAGUUCAAAUCAGUAGCCAACGCCAUCAGGACUGGAAUCUUCUUCGACAAGUAAGUACAUUAAGGUUAUCGUACUCUGUUGUACUGCAGUAGCAUGACAAAGUAUACGAUCACUAUUUUAUAAAGAUAUUAUUCAGAGUUCUAUUCUCAGUUAUCUUACUUACUUUACAAAUUGACCUUAACAGUUACCUAAAUUGUUUCAGAAUCUACCGCCGUACUCAGACUGUCCUCGCCCCGAUCCCAAAAGAAUAUCUCCCAUAUUUAAAAGUAAGCCAGGUUACAGUAAUCCUCAUUAUUGUAGAACGUAAACAGUUGGGGAUUCAGUUGCUUCGACCUCAACGAAGCUACUGACGGACACGCCUUGAAGUACGUGGGCUUCGAACUCUUCAACCGAUACGGCUUUCUAGAACGAUUCAAGGUAGGUUUCAUAGUGUAGUAAGUGAUGACUUGAAGUCGAUUUGACUUUUCACUAUAUAGUACUGUUUUAGUAUGUCAUAGUUAAUACAGGACAAUGACUAGUUUUUUUUUGUAAAAUGAGAAUUUACCAAAACUAUGCUAUGAAUACUAUGAUAAUAUUGUUCAGAUUAACUACCAAUGCCUGGAGAACUACCUUUUGGCUCUAGAAGCCGGCUACAGUAAGCACAACAACCCGUACCAUAACACCGUCCACGCCGCUGAUGUCACCCAGACCUCGCAUUUCAUGCUGUCCCAGACUGGAUUGGCUGUAAGUUGUUCGUACCUUCAAGACCGGCCUUUCCAUUUGUCACAAAUCGAUGACAUCCCCCUAUCACAAGAUAAUUAUGGUAGUAGACCUAGAGUAGUAAACAAUCUGAUUUUACAGAGCAGCUUGAGUGACCUGGAGAUGCUGUCGGUGCUAUUCGGAGCACUAAUACACGAUUACGAGCACACGGGACACACAAACAACUUCCACAUCCAAUCGGGGUAAUAGCUAUUCGAUUAACUUAAUCUUCUUAUCAGGUCUCACUUCGCCCUCCUCUACAACGACCGUAGCGUCCUCGAGAAUCACCACGUCAGCGCGUGCUUCAGACUGCUCAAGGAAGAAGACAAAAACAUAUUCGAACGUUUAACGCGGGAAGAAUUUAGGUAAGAGUUCAGUAUAGUCAUACACACAUUAGUACCACCCAACAAAGUAAAAUUACCAACAACAACAACCUCAUCCUAUACCUUACAUUACAGGGAACUCAGAAACUCAGUAGUCGAGAUCGUAUUGGCCACAGACAUGAGCACUCACUUCGUCCAGAUCAAGACCAUGAAGAACAUGCUGUCAUUGCCUGAGGGCAUCGACAAGAUGAAGGCGUUGUGCUUGAUCGUGCACGCCUGUGACAUCUCUCAUGCCUCCAAACCUUGGGAACUCCAUUCACGGUGGACUGAAGGCGUUCUGGAGGAGUUCUUCAGACAAGGAGACCUCGAAGCCUCCAUGGGGCUACCGUACUCUCCCUUGUGUGACAGACAUACCGUACAUGUAGCUGAAUCACAGAUCGGUAAGUCAUAUUUUAGGCAUCAUUAUCAAUAAUAUGAAUAAUACAAUAAAGCCUUGACUUCUAUAAAAAUACGUCACGAUUACAGGUUUUAUCGACUUCAUCGUGGAGCCAACGAUGAUUGUGUGUGGCGAGAUGUUGACCAAGAUGGUCGAGCCCUUGGUAUCCCUCCCGUCUUCAGAUUCCCUGUUUCCUCCGGGCUCAAACAACGAUGGCAGAGAUGGAUCCGCUUCUGGAGCUUCGUUAUCGCCUGUUCCUGACCUGUGAGUUUGCUUUAAGUGACCCUUUUAUAUAUUUUUAAGCUUUGAACUUGUUUCUGUCCGUUAUUUAUUAUUAUUUUUGUCACUAUUACCUAAUUAUCUACUGAACCGAGACCUUUGCAGUAAAAGCCCGACCGGUAAUAACUCUGUCCGGAAGAUCCCAAUCAAUUACUUUGGAAAACUGGAGAUUCCGAAUCCAUGGGCACGGCAUCUUCAGGAAAACAAAUCGAAUUGGAGGGAUCGUGCCGCUCAGGAAGAAGCAGAACGCAACAACAACAGCUCGGAAGAAGAAGAUAUUUCAACAUAA